AACCGACACAGGCCACAACUCCUAAUUCGUUCAGAAACCACACACAGUCUCUACAGCCUCGAAAUCUUGGGUUCAUGGCCGCGGACAUCAGCUAUCCUUCUCCCCUGAAUCUUCACUUCCUAGUUUGAAUUCCGAAAGACCAGUUACUAUUCCGACCAGUCCCGAAGCUCUAUUUCCACCGGAGAGAGUUAAGAUGCAUCUGAACUUGUCAAUUCCAGGCAACAAACAGUCAACCGAGCAGAGGCACAGACCACUUCAGCUAAAACAUGCUUUACAAUCCGUCAAAGCCCAGCUACCUUUGAACCAGUGCCUCUUCCUUCUCGCCACCAUCCUUCUCCAAAUCUGGAUUCUCUUCUCCCUCAUCCACUCCUCCCCGUCCAAGUCCCCGGCCGGCGGCCAACAUCUCCUGGCUAACCACCAGGAUUGCAGCUCCGGCAAGGUCUACGUCUACGAGAUUCCUCGGAAGUUCAACUACGAACUCGUGGAGAACUGCAAGGAGCUGGAUCCAUGGAAGGGAACCGGGUGCAAGGUGGUCGCAAAUGGCGGAUUUGGACCGCCGGGUACCGGACUCGAGAGCGUUGUUCCCGAGAAUCUCAUCCCGGCUUGGUAUUGGACGGAUAUGUACUCUGUAGAGCUGAUUUACCACGAACGGAUGCUGAAUCACAAGUGUAGAACCAUGGAUCCAAAUGAGGCCACCGGAUUCUUCUUACCCUUUUACGCCGGCAUCGCCGUCGGGAGGUAUUUGUUCACGGAGUUCAACUACACUUACCAAGAUCGGGACCGGUACUGUGAGAUGUUCCUAGAUUGGCUUGAAGAGCAGCCCACUUAUAUCAAGCACAAAGGUGUUGACCAUUUCAUAGUUCUCGGGAGAUUGACCUGGGAUUUCCGGCGAUUGGCCGACAACGACGGCGAUUGGGGCACGAGUUUCCUCUACAUGCCCCGAAUGAAGAACGUUUUCCGGUUGGGGGUGGAGAAGCACGACAAGGACCGACUAGAAGAGAGCGUGCCCUAUCCCACUGGAUUCCACCCCCGAUCGGAAGCCGACAUCCGGCAGUGGCAGAGCCACGUCAGAUCCCAGAAGCGCGACAGCCUAUUCACCUUCGUCGGAGCAAAGCGUCACAAAAUCAAGAACGACUUCCGAGGGAUGCUGAUGGACUACUGCAUCGACGAGGAGGCAUGCCGCGCUGUGGACUGCUCCGCCGUGAUGUGUUCGGACGGGUCGCCGGCGGUGUUCGACUCGUUCCUCCACUCGGACUUCUGCCUGCAGCCGAAGGGGGACGGGAUGACGCGGCGGUCAAUGUACGACUGCAUGAUCUCCGGCGCGAUUCCGGUGUACUUCUGGGAAGGGACAUUCAAGGACCAGUACGUGUGGCACCUGCCAUGGCGGUCGGAAACGUUCUCCGUUUACAUCGACAACCUCGGCGUCAGGAACAGCAAUGGUACGAUGAUCCGGGAGGUGCUGGAAGGAGUGCACAGAGACAACGUGAGGCAGAUGAGGGAAACGAUCAUAGAUUUGAUGCCGGAAAUUGUGUACGCCAGCAGGAAAGAAGGGCUGGGGAGUGUAAGAGACGCGUUUGACGUCACGCUCGACCGGGUUUUGAAGAGAUUGAAGGCUCGCAAAUGGCACCUCGUGUCUCGAAACGCCGAUGAUUAUGAGAUCUUCGAAUGAGAUGCAUUGCCAUCUCCAGCCGGCAGACCGGCCGGCCGGCGAAAUCUCUGUCGCUCUGUAUUAUUACACCUCCGAUUUUCAUUUGCCGGUGUAACUUGACUAGCCUGUUUUUCUGGAAUAUUUUAAUAUUUUAUUUUAUUUUUGGCGUUACUGUUAUGGAUAAAAUAAAGGAUUAUUAGUUUAUUUUACCUCAAACUAUCAUCAAAUUUACAAAUUUACCCUAUACUUUCUUUUUUAUCAAAAAAAGACUCACACUUCAUAUAUUUCAACUGUUAUGUUUUUCUUGUUUGUUUUUUUAAAAUUACACAUUUUUAUCAAUACCAUUAAGAUAUAAGCAAUACAAUUUUGUAAACUUAAAACUAAAGAGUUAAAAAAUAUGAAAUAUAAAUAUAGUUUUCUUCUUAAUUUUUAUUAAUUCAUCAAUUGAAAGUGUAAUUGUGAGAAAAGUUGAAAUUUGAAUCUUUUUAAUAAAAAUUAAAGUAUGUUUUUAAAAAAAUAAAAAUAAAAAUGAAAGUACGAGAUAGAUUUAUGAAUUUGAUUAUAGUUGGGUAUAUAUUUGACUAAUAAUCCAAAAAUAAAUUUAUGUCGGUUGAGAUCAGAAUGUAAAUUGUUUUUCGCAAGAAGGGCAGAAGCGUAAUAAUAGGCGAAAUUAAAACAGAGGAUCUAGGAUCCAUCAUUUCCUGUCUGUGCAACGUGGUGUACAUGCCCAGCAAAUGGUUUAAUCACGAGUUUUUUAGCAUGAUUAUUUGAAUCUGAAUUGGCCAUCAUGAGAUUGGCCACAUCGUUUUAUUACUCCAAAGUCCAAACUACUCCCAUUUGAAGGAGUCGACAAUUCAUACCGGAGUUAGAUUAUCAAAAUAAGACUAAAUGUCAUUUACUUUUCACA